AUGGCUACAACCACCAUCACACCUACUCCCGCCGAGGAUUUGAGGAAGUCACUGGAAAAUCAUAAUAAUACCUUCACGACUUUAUUGAGCCUCAUCCCUGCUCAAUAUUACAUAGCGCCCGAUCCUGAAGUCGUGGACAGUAAAUGGAUGAAAAACAAAAAGAGAAAAUCAGGUGAAGAGAUCAAAGAACAUAAGAGGAAAGUGAAACAUGACAAGCUCGAUCCAUCAAAUCACAAAACAUUAGAUCAAAUCCAAUCCAUCGAUUCAGAGACUAACGGAACCGUAUCAAACGAGAUAGUUGAAGCAGGACCAUCAAAUCCUCCACCGUCGACAUCGUCGAAUGCAAUAGCAUUAAAACCACUUGCGCCUUCAGCGUCAAUCUCUGAUCUGAGAGCUAAAUUACAAUCUAGAUUAGAUAAUUUCAAAAGACAAAGAGGAGUAACAGAUGACUACAUCAACAACCAAAAUGGAAAUGGAAAUGGGAAUCCAAAUGGUGAUGAUGCAUAUUCUAGAAACGCUUUGGAAGAAGAACGUAGAAGGAAAAGAGGUGAAAUGAGAGAUAAAAGAAGAAAUUUAAGAAAAGAAGAACGAAGGAAAGAAGGUGAAAAAGGUAAACCUACUAAAACCCAACUCAUCGUUCCUCAACCUCGUGAAGACCACUCGUCAUCACUGUCAUUCCCAUCAUUAUCCCUACCUUCUUCCAACAAAACCAAAACGAACAAAUCAUCUUUGAAACAACUGUCUAACCCCGCACAAGCUCUGGCUCAUCUGGAAAAACAUAAUGCCCACUUGGCCAGCUUACCAGAAGAUAGGAGAAAAGAAAUUGAAGAAAGAGAAAGAUGGGCAAAAGCUGAAGAAAGAGCUUCAGGUGUCAAAAUCGCCGACAGUGAGAACGUCUUGAAGAAAGCUGUUAAGAGGAAAGAAAAAGCCAAGACAAAGAGCUCACAACAAUGGUCCGAACGUAAGAGAGAAAUAGAGAAAUCGGCUACUGUCGCAGCUAAGAAACGAAAUGAUAACAUUGCCAAGCGAGUAGACGACAAGCGAAAUAAGAGGUUGGGGAUCAAAGAUAAAGGUACAGGUGCGAAGAAAGGUAAGGCAAGACCUGGGUUUGAGGGUAAGAAGGGUAAAGGUGGUGGUAAGAAGUAG